AUUCAAACGAGAUCAAAAACGCGCGACAGCCGGUUGCGGCAGACGACAUACACCGAAAUACGGACUUAUAAAAGUUAUAACACUUAUCCAGAAUUAUUUAUUCUGAAUUAUAUUUCGAUAAGUGCGGUGUUUACCAUCGUAUAAAAACGCGAGUUUGGAGUUCUGCAAAAGACUUUCAGGAGUUUUACUAAGCCAUAACCAUGGGAGAACUGGGUGCAAAGCUUGGACUGGAUGAGCUGACCGGUGGAGCCGCUGGCAUCAGCAGGGCACUGCUCGCCGAGUUCAUCGGUAACCUAUUACUGAACCUGUUCGGCUGCGGCGCCUGCAUCAACAUCUCUCAGGGCACGAAUGCUGCUCCAGACAUCGUCCUCAUCGCACUGGCUUUCGGUCUUGCAGUCUACGCCGCUGUUUCGGCAAUCGGUCACAUCUCUGGAGGCCACAUCAACCCCGCAGUGACGCUAGGCCUCGCGUCCGCCGGGCGCGUGAAGCCAGCUCGCGCGGUGCUGUACAUCAUAGCGCAGUGCGCGGGCGCCGCCGCCGGCUCGGGCCUGCUGAAGGCGCUGACGCCGGAGCGCGCGGCCGGCAAGCUCGGCGUCACCGGCCUCGGCACUGACGUCACCCAGCUGCAAGGAUUCGGCAUCGAAUUCUUCCUUGGAUUUGUACUUAUAUUCGUUGUCUGUGGGGUAUGUGACCCGCACAAGCCGGACCACAAGUCGACGGCGCCACUGGCCAUCGGCCUGACUGUGACGCUGGGCCACUUGCUGGCUGUGGACUACACCGGCUCCGCCAUGAACCCGGCCCGUUCCUUCGGAUCAGCACUGGUUGCUAACGAAUGGGCUGACCAUUGGAUUUACUGGGCGGGCCCCAUCGCCGGCGGUAUCGCGGCCGCGCUGCUGUACGUGCACGGGUUCUCCGCGCCGCCCGCCGACGUGCACACGCCGCCUCGCUACCGCUCCGUGGCAGGGGACGAGAAAGAGCUGAAGAGGCUGGACGGCGGCAAGGGCGACGACAUGGCUUGAGAGCGUUGGACGUGGCCCCGGCACGCGCAGGCGCCGCGCCCGGGUCCAUCACACCUUCACCAAACUCCACCUUACUACUGAUACGAAAUACGACAGCUUUAAUACAACUGCAACGUUGAAAAGCUUUACCUACCUACCAACUAAAAUAUAUAGGUGAACCAAAAACACACAGUAAAGUGACCGAAUCAACCAAAUGACGUUGUUAAUUUCGAACAAAUCACGUGCAUAACUUUAAGAAUUGUUAUCGUGGAUCAAAAAUCCUCUAGUACCAGUCUAGCGGCCAUUUUCGUUACUCUAUCGAGUAUACUGUGAAGUGGUCAGAGAUUAUUACUAGAUUAAUAUUAAGCCAGUAACGUUCUUGUGUCCAUAGACUAUAUAAUGUACCAUGUAAAUACCUUACUUACAUAUCAAUAUUUUUGCCAUGUAAUGUCGCUUAUAAUUAUGUCAACAAAUCAGAAAACUUUUAUAUCAACCCCGUUUUAUAAAGUAACAUUUUGUUGUAGUACAAUAAGUUUGAAAUUUAAUAAAUAUUUAUAUACUUUGAUAUUUGAAAUUCUAUAUCAGAUUUUAAUGCUUUCUUAAGGUAAGUCAAAAUUUAAUAUUAAUCUCACUCAGUGUGACUCCUUGUUUAGCGAGGUUAUUCGUCAACUGGACACGUGACGCUGGACACGCGUGUGAUCAGUUGGUGAAACUCAAAAUAAAUUCUUUCGUUAUCUGGACACGCCACGUUUUUUAGAGUGUCCAGAUAGUGUAAGGUAAAUUAAAUCACUUUUAUGUUUUCACCAACUGGACUCACGUUCAUAUUUUACUUGGAUUUAUAAGAAAGUACAGUCACACAGAUAAAUGUUUUUAUACAAAAGAAUUUAUUAUAAUUAUUAAUUAUGAGUUUCACCAACUGAACACUCGUGUGUCCAGCAUCGUGUGUUCAGUUGACGAAUAACCCGUUUAGCGUAGUAAGUAAAGUAACAAAUGAAAUUUUACGAUAUUUAUGUUUGAUUGUAAAUCGUGUUACAUUCGCAUACUAUGUAGGUACGUGCCGACAAUAUUCUUAAUUAUUUUUUUAAAUUAUCGGUAAAUAUAAAUAGCCGUCCAAAAUGCAUUAAUGUGUAAUGUAAGGCGAUUCAUGUUAAAUAGUACCUAAGUAGUACUAAGCCGAAGUGUUCAAAAGUAUACCAACUUGAGAUAUUGAAUGAAAUUAUUUUGUAUCUGGUUUGAG